CCGCUAAGACUGCUGUCCCCACUUGAGACCUCCAUUGUGUCAACGGGCUGCAGAAUAACGGGCUUAUCUGAAGUACAUGACUUCCCGUUUGGCUUUGAGUGGUUGUUCGGUUAAUUUGGUGGUACCAGGAAGCCCGCCGGAUUUAAAGAGGAGCCUUUCCGCUCGACUCUACUGUGAUACCCGUUCAGUGAGAGCGGAGUGUUGAAAACUGUGGCAGUGAACGUCCAUCCAGCUAAACUUUCCUUUCACACGGCCCCCAAAACUGCUGGGCUGUUCACCGAGGACAACGUUGGGGAGGUUCUACUAGUGCAGCUAAAGCUCCUAGUUAAGAUGUGGAUAAUACCUUUUACUUUGAUAUUGGUGACAUUUCAACCUACACAAGGAGCCCUGAAUGAGAUCCUUGACCGUUGCUGUACUGUGGGAGCCCGCCUAGCGGAAUCUGAGGACGGCUGUGACAGCUAUCAGUCUGUUCCCCUUCGGGAUGUCGGCCAAGGGGACCAGAUGAGUUGUAGGUCCAUUAUUGAGGUGUGCUGUUUGAAGAAGAAACACAUUGACCAAUGCCAGCGAGGAAAGGACGACUCUAUUAAUGGCAGAUCCUGUUCCAUAAGGAGUGACGCUUAUGGAGCAGAGCAAUACACAGAAUGCUGCCAGUGUUGUAAGCUUGGCCUGGUGGCCAAAACAGCCAAUCUGCCAUGUGAUCUGACCAGUAUCGGUGGACCAUGUGACCAGGUUUUUAAAGAGUGUUGUAUGGGCCAAAAUGACCAACAGUUGCAACCACAGGAUGACAUAGACGAAUGUACAAGGUAUGCAAACAAACUGUGUGAACACGAAUGCAUCAACACGGUGGGAAGUUUUAUGUGUUCCUGUCGGGCGGGAUAUAAACUGAACGAAGACGGCCGGUCCUGUAAGCAACUCCAAAAAGGUAGUCCAUGUGCAGUUAGCAACCCUUGUCAACAGAAGUGUGAAGAUGUGGGUCAAACCGCAAGGUGCUCCUGUUUCGCAGGGUAUACACUCAGUGUGCGUGAUCAAAGAUCUUGCCAAGACAUUGACGAAUGUAGUGCAGGUACAGCGAUUUGCCCACUUGGACAGGUGUGCCUAAACACAGAGGGUAGUUACAGGUGUCAGAGGGGUGUGGACACGUCAUGUCCUGCUGGCUUCACAUAUAACCCCAUCACUCGGCGAUGUGAACUGAACACUUCGCCGCAGUGUCCAAGGGGGCAAAUGUACAACACCGUUACGAGACAAUGUGAAAACAACCAGAACAAGCAGUGCCCCAAUGGAUAUGCCUUGAACGUUUUGAAUAGCAAGUGCGAAGACGUGGAUGAGUGUGCCUUAGGUACCCACAACUGUCUUGGAAUACGACAGAAAUGCCAUAACACACAAGGGGGCUUCCUGUGCCAGUGUCAACAGGGCUUUCAGUUUAACCCAAGUCGCAGAGUUUGCGAGGAUAUCAACGAGUGUGCCCGUGGGUACGACAACUGUGUUGGGGAGCAAAGAUGCGAGAACACCAUCGGCUCGUAUACUUGUCGCAGAAUCAAGGGCUGUGGAACCGGCUAUACUCUUGAUGACCGCUCUCAAACUUGUGUCGAUGUCGAUGAGUGCGCAGUUGGAACUCACAACUGCGAAAGUGGUUACGAUUGUCGAAAUCUAGAGGGAUCAUUCCGUUGUGAGGUGAAGACCUGUUCUGAGGGAUACAGAGUUAACUUUUCCACCGGUCAAUGCGAAGUGAUCGUGUGUGCUCCUGGUCAUAGAAUAGAUGGUACCGGUAACUGUGUUGAUAUUAACGAGUGCAUCGAAAAUCCCAACAUUUGUGGAAGCCGAACAAAGAGGUGCAUCAAUAACAUUGGAUCCUACCAGUGCCAAAAUUUAGUGAACUGUCCAGCAGGCUACGAGCUUAAGGGCUCUGGAAAUCAGUGUGAAGACAUAGAUGAGUGCUCCCGUGGUACCCAUUCAUGUCUGCAAACCCAGGAAUGCCGGAACCGCCCAGGGACGUUUCUCUGCCAAUGUCCGGACGGUUAUGAGAGCAGAGGCGGGCCUGGCGGGAGAUGCGAAGAUAUAAAUGAAUGUCAGAGAUAUAGUAACCAAGUGUGUGCCAGUAACUCAGAGUGUCAGAACACACAAGGUAGCUACAGGUGUGUGUGUAAGGACGGGUUUCAAACAGGCUCUGAUGGACGUACAUGUACAGACAAAGAUGAAUGCCAAGAUCAGUACAGGUGUGAACACGAAUGCAUUAAUAACUAUGGAUCUUACUACUGCUUAUGUAACGACGGAUACAAGCUGGCGGCGGAUAAACGUCGGUGUGAAGACAUAGAUGAAUGCAACUUUUACGCUGGACGCGGUAAGUUGUGUAUUGGGAAGUGUACCAACAUUCCGGGUUCUUACACCUGUUCCUGUCCAGACGGAUACCGGAUGAUGGGAGACCAGCGCACCUGUCAGGAUAUUGACGAAUGCGCUGAAGGAACAGCUCGUUGCGCGCCGAACGCAGUCUGCACAAACACCAGGGGAGUCACAAGUGUCCAGGACAUUAAUUGUCCAAAAGGCUUUUACCGUGCAUCUUCUUUCAUCGGAGGAAAAGGCUCCAGUGUGGGUGUGAUCACGGACGACGAGCUGGUCUGUAUCCGCGAGCGGUGUGGAGUCCUCGAUGUAGAUUGUAUCGUCAACACCACCAAGAGUAUAUCCUGGCAACAUUUGACUCUACCCACAGUGCGGUUCUUGCCCAGACCGGUUACCCUGGUAAACGUGCAGACUGUCGGUGUGUCUGCGGACCCAAAUCUGGAGCUGAACAUACUGGAAGGAAACGAGCUGGGUUUGUUUGACGUUAAAACGCACAAGGACAGAGGUGCUCUCCGUCUGGUGAGGCCACUGUACGGUCCUGCACGGCAUUUGGUGAAGAUGAGGCUGGACCACCGAAAUACAGCCGGGACCUUCGUCAUGACAAGUCACCUGGCGUAUGUCAUCAUCACCGUGAAGGGGCCUCGAGGUUGAGGGAUCUGCCAAUAGCUGACACUGACUUCAACUAUACCUCAAAGCUGAACCAUUCACAGAUAACAAAAUAACAUCCUCUGCAUAAGAUUGUGAUGAUGAUGACCAUGAUGACCAUGAUGAUUAGUAAGCAUGCCA